AUGAGUCUUGAACCACUUAGUGAAAGAGAACUUGCUAAAAAAUACCCCAAACGAUCAGAGUUAUUAAAAUUCUUAGGGAUAAAUAUCCUAAAAAGUUAUCCAAAUUCUCUUGCAAACGAUAUUACAAUACCAGAGCUAGAGAAUUGUCAUGAAUAUAACGAAGAAAUUUUUUUAAAUCCGCCCAAAGCAUUUACUAUGUUAGUAUGUGGUCAUACUCUCCAUCAUGACUGUCUUGAAAAAAGUAACAGAGAUAAGCAAAAAACUUACCCCAUUUGUUUCGUAGAUAAUGAAGGACCGGCGUUAGCUGAAGUUCAGGAUGUAGAUAUGACAGAGGUAGUGGAAGGUGAAAGUGAAGAAACCUCUAAUCUAACAGGAGAGGUAAGUAAAUUAUCUGUAGAUGACAGUAGAGCUAUCCCCCAAAGUAAAACGAAAUCCAUAGAAUCUGAAAAAGUGCAAGGUUUAAUAAAAGAACUAUCUAUGCCUUGUGAACCAAUUAAUGAUAAUGAUAGAGAAAAUAAAACCAGGGAAUCGAAACCAAAAACUUUAUACUCCAAAGAAAUUAGGUGUUGGUACCUGUUUACUGAAAAAUUCGAAGAAAGGGUUAAAGAAAUUAAAAAUAAUAAUAGUAGAUUUAAUGAUCAACAAGCUAGAGGGUUAGUUUAUGGUGAAAUCGCAACGAAUAUUCCAAGAUUCACAAGAGAAAGCCUACGUAAAAAAACAGCAAAAACUAGAAAUAUUUAUAAGUUGUUUGGUCAAAGUUAUGACCCUGAAACCAAAACA